AGCAGAUUCGAACCGAGCUGCAGGCUGAUUGUUAAGAGCUUGGUUCAAAGCCAGCUCUACUCUUCGGCCUAAUCCAACAGCAGAUCCAUUUUGGGUCUUGGUUUUCAUGGGCCAUCCCUCUGGCAUUUCACCGACGCACAAAGGGGCUAAUCUGAGAAGUGAAGACAAGACAAAACUCAGUUCGAUUCGGACCAUGAUUCCGAUACAUCUCCGGCUAAUUUGCUGCGAAUCCUUAAAUGUUGAUGCAGAACCAGUACAACUAUAACAGAAGACCAAAAAAACCCAUCAUUUCUUCACUGAAAACUGAUCAUACUCACCGCUCUUUUCCAGCCGGAAUGCAGCCAAAUAAGCUAAACCCAUCGCGAGUCAAAACCCUUCUUCUACUUCUUUCUUUCCUCUUAAUCCUCUACCUCAUUUCCUACCUAUUCCCUAUCAACGCGCCACCACUAUCCAACUCAAUCGCCAAAGCUAUCAUCACCAGGACUCCCAUUUCGCGCCGCCAUGUCCUCUUUGCCAUAGCCUCCUCCUCAAAAUCCUUGCCCCGCCGCCAAUCUUACAUCCGCCUUUGGUACUCUCCGGACUCCACUCGAGCUCUCGCCUUCUUAGACAGCAACGUGCCCGAUAAUGACUCAUCGGACCCCACCGUGCCCCGUGUUGUGAUCUCUGCCGAUACUUCAAAGUUCCCUUACACCGAUCCAAGGGGUCUGCGGUCCGCCAUCCGCGUGGCGCGUGUGGUGAAAGAGGCCGUUGAUCUUACGGACGAGAGUGACGGGGUUCGGUGGUUUGUUUUCGGAGAUGACGACACCGUUUUCUUCGUGGACAAUUUGGUAAGAGCGCUGUCGAAAUAUGAUGAUAAUAGAUGGUUUUAUGUGGGGAGUAACAGCGAGGAUUAUGAGCAGAAUGUGAAGUACUCGUUCAAUAUGGCGUUUGGUGGAGCUGGGUUCGCCAUUAGCCACUCACUUGCUAGGGUUUUAGCAAGGGUUUUGGACUCUUGCUUGAUUAGAUACCCGCAUUUGUACGGAAGCGACGCCAGAAUCUUUUCCUGCUUGGCUGAAUUGGGUGUUGGCUUAACCCAUGAACCCGGGUUUCAUCAGCUUGACAUGCGGGGAGAUUUGUUUGGUAUGCUUUCUGCACAUCCAUUACCACCAUUGUUGUCUCUUCAUCAUUUGGAUGCUGUGGAUCCAAUCUUCCCUAAUAUGAACAGGAUUCAAGCUCUGGGACACCUUUUCAAAGCAGUGAAAGUUGAUCCUGCCAGAAUUUUUCAGCAAACAGUUUGUUAUGACCGUUCAAGGCAACUGACUGUUUCAAUUGCAUGGGGUUAUGCCAUUCAGGUGUAUGAAGGCAAUGAAUUGCUUCCAGAUCUCCUUUCGUUGCAGAGAACCUUUACACCCUGGAAGAGAGGUGCAAAAGUUGGCUCUCAUUUUAUGUUUAAUAUGAAAGACUAUCCAAGAGAUCCCUGUAAAAGACCAAUUGUUUUCUUUCUCGAAAGUGUUAUAUCUGAUCAAACCAGUGUGUGGAGCAACUAUAUCAAGCAUGUUGUUGGAGAUUGUGUUAGAGCCCAUGUGUUGGAGAAUCUUGAACAGAUUAGAGUGUUGUCACAGAAGGUGGAACUUGAUGUUGAAGAGAUGGAAUCUCCUCGCCGUCAGUGCUGUGACAUUUCUCCUACUUUUAAUGAAUCGAUGACCAUACAAAUUAGACAAUGUGGGGUUCAUGAGCUGAUUUCCAUGCAUUCCUAGUAUCUUGUAAAUGGCUGCUGAUAAGAGACACUGAAAAAAACCCUGAGGAGUUCAACUUAGUUUUGGUGUGAGCCUCAUAAUAGCCAUGUAAAUGGUAAGGGGGAAUGGUACGCUUGAAAAUGUUUGAGGAUCAUCAAAAUCAUGGAACCAAGCUGAUCUUUGAAUCUCCAAUGGAUGCAGAUAUCUUUUCCUACAAAAAUUUCUGACGGCAAUACAAUGGGAGAACUCCCCAACGAACUUCAGUUAUUCAAGGGUUAUUUAUGUCCUAGAAGCAGGUCAUGUUAGUGAAAUUAUGAUUUGACUUAUUUGCUAAUUAAGCAUGGAACUGAUGGAAUACAGGCAAUGGAUGAUCAUCACCUGUCAAACAGGGGCUGAUAGAACUGAGCCAUAUGAAAUGUGAGAUUUGGUAGUGGUGAAAGUCUACUUGUGUUUAUUUACUUUGUAGUUAAAUUUUGGAAAGGCCAAAAGACUUAUUCCCACCCAA